AUGACUUUAUUGGACAAUGAUCAUUUCCUGGUAGAAUUAGCAAAAUUAUUUCAGAAAUGUCGAACUUCCACUCAACAUACGAUAACUAUCACGCUGAAGCAUUAUGAUGGAAGGACGAAACCUUAUCCAAGAAAUGAAGCGCAACAAUCGUUGAAAGGCGAAGAUCUUUGUCUGUUUCGAGCAAAAUUUGGUGAUAGGAAAAUUAGUACUGUGGUUCAUGCUAAAGAAGUGAAUAAAUUCCAGUUGGCAUAUGCUGGUAUUUUAAAAGCAAAUAUGGAUAACUUGAAGAAACGUGAGCGGAGAACAGCGAUAGAAACGAAGACUAAUUCAAUAAAUGCAGUAAAAAUUUAA